AUGCGUGCCUGGAAAGCUGUGGCUGGCACACUGACCUUCAUCAGUGUAGAUGUGACGGUGACCACGUUGCUGUACGAGCACAGCCGCAGUGCCAGCAGCAUCCUCAAGGACCUGAAGCACUUUAACAUCUUUGACUCCAUGCUGGACAUCUGGGGAGCCUGCCUGUACCGGAGUUGCUUGCUCUUGGGUGCUGCCAUUGGUGUGGCUAAAAACACCAACUAUGGCCCCAAGCGACUGAAAGUGUCCCGGACUUUUAUCAUGCUGGUCUGCCUCGCAGUAGGGAUUUACGCCCUGGUCAAGCUGCUGCUCUACGCGGAAGUGAGAAAGACCAUCAAGAACCCGUGGUUUUGGAGUUUGUUUGCUUGGACCUACCUGUCUCUGGCAGCCACUUUCUUUCUGUGGCUGUUGCUCUCUUCUGUGAAACCUUCCAGGGAGACUCUGGGAAUAAAUUCAGAGUCUCGGACUGAAGCAGAGGAAGUCGGGGACCCCACUUCUCAUGGUGCUCAGCCAAAGAAAGAGGAGGCCUCGGCAGCCACAAUUUAUAAGCUUUUAUCUUAUACCAAACCCGAUGUUCACGUCCUCGUGGUAGCCUUUUUCUUCCUGUUGGUGGCUGCUUUAGGAGAAACAUUCCUCCCAUACUUCACGGGUCGGGCCAUUGAUGGAAUUGUCAUCAAGAAGAGCAUGAACCAGUUUUCCACCGCAGUCGUGAUCAUGGCUGUUCUUGCCGUAGGAAGCUCAUUUGCCGCAGGUAUCCGAGGUGGCGUCUUUACGCUCAUCUUCGCCAGGCUGAACAUCCGGCUUCGCAACAGCCUUUUCCGGUCGUUGGUCUCACAGGAAAUGAGUUUCUUUGAUGAGAACCUCACAGGCGACAUUAUUUCACGGCUGACCUCUGACACCACCAUUGUGAGCGACCUGGUGUCACAGAACAUUAACAUCUUCCUGCGCAACAUGGUUAAGGCCACGGGGGUCAUCGUCUUCAUGUUCAGCCUCUCCUGGCAGCUCUCUCUGGUGACCUUCAUGGGAUUCCCUAUCAUCAUGCUCAUGUCUGAUCUUUAUGGGAAAUACUACAAGAAACUCUCCAAGGAAGUUCAGAGUGCUCUAGCAAAAGCCAACAACACUGCAGAGGAAACCAUUUCUGCCAUGAAGACCGUCCGCAGCUUUGCCAACGAGGAGGUGGAGGCCAACGUCUACCGGGACAAACUGCAGCAAGUCUACAAACUCAACAAAAAAGAGGCCUUGGCGUACACCUACUAUGUGUGGUCUAGUGGGCUGACGCUGCUUGUCGUGCAAGUUAGCAUCCUGUACUAUGGAGGCCACCUGGUGAUCUCUGACCGGAUGACCAGCGGGAACUUGAUAUCCUUCAUUAUUUAUGAAUUCGUCUUGGGAGACUGCAUGGAGUCCAUUGGCUCCGUCUACAGUGGGCUGAUGCAGGGGGUUGGAGCUGCGGAGAAAGUGUUUGAAUUCAUAGAUCGCGAACCAACCAUGCUCAACAACGGGACGUUGGCUCCCAGCCAACUGGAAGGCAGAGUGGAGUUCAAGAAUGUCACCUUUGCUUACCGCACCCGACCAGCAAGCCAGGUCCUCCAGGAUGUCUCUUUCACUCUCUAUCCUGGGAAAGUGACGGCGCUUGUGGGCCCUUCUGGCAGCGGGAAGAGUUCAUGUGUCAACAUUCUGGAGAACUUCUACCCUCUUCAAGAUGGGCAAGUCCUGCUGGACGGGCAGCCCAUUAACAUGUAUGAGCACAAGUAUCUGCACUCAGCGAUCUCCUUGGUGAGCCAAGAGCCAGUGCUGUUUGCCCGAUCCAUUGCAGAAAAUAUCUCCUACGGUUUGGCUUCUGUUCCUUACGAGUCGGUGGUUCAGGCUGCCCAGAAGGCCAAUGCCCACAUAUUUGUCACGGAAUUGCAAGACGGCUACCAGACAGAAGCGGGUGAAAAAGGAGCCCAACUUUCCGGUGGCCAGAAACAGAGAGUUGCUAUUGCAAGAGCGUUGAUCCGAAACCCACCAAUCCUGAUCCUGGAUGAAGCCACAAGUGCCCUGGAUGCAGAGAGCGAGCAUGCGGUGAGCAGGAAUAUUCAGCAGGCUAUUUAUGGAGAUGUCCAGAACCACACAGUACUUGUCAUAGCCCACAGACUGAGCACCGUGGAGAAAGCACACAGUAUCAUUGUUCUCGACAAGGGCCGUGUGGUACAGCAAGGGACACACAAGCAGCUCAUGGAAGAAGGGGGCCUUUAUUGCAAGCUGGUGCAAAGACAGAUUCUGGGCCACGAAACCAGCACGGGGAAUGGAUGUCAGUUGGAUGGCAGCUUGGCUGGCAUCCGGAGGGGUUCUCCAAAGACUGGACUGGCUGAGGAGUUUCGGAUGUAAUAGCACAUGUGGGUCAGGAGUCUGUAGUUUGGACUAAAAGGUCAUGCUAUUAAUAGAACGUGGAGGUAAAAACACUCAGGAGUUUGAUCGGAAUCCCACUCUAUGAGCAAAGGGUCUCCAGGGAUUUUCUGUAAAACGAGGUCUAUGUUCAGUCUUAAGCUCUACAUUUCCUUGGGCACACGGCUCCCUGCAGGCACAAGCCUGCUGACCAGAAAAAGACCCAGCGGGUCAGCAAUUCCCAAAGCAGUUCUUGAGUUCUCUUCUCCUACUAAUACGCAUGCAAAACUUGCUGUUAUUUAUAAACAGGCGUGAUUUUAGGCGCAUGCAUCAUAUGGAAAAAAGAAUAAGCCUUUGAAGUAUUGUGUAGAUUGGUAAGGAUCUACUGGUGUUGAGCUGUGGCCUAAACCAGUAGUCGCUUUGUGAGAUCACUCUAGUGCCUGUAGACAUCCUUUCUACUUCCAUGAAUGUUCAUUUGCACCUCAAAUACUUUUGAUGUAUCCUUUCGGCAGGGCUCUCAACUUGUGCAAAAUGUUGACCAUCUGUGACCCAGAUUUUGCAAAGCUGGUGGCUACAUCUAGCUUAGAGUACGAAACUUUACGUGGUGUGUGAUAUUCACAAGGUGGAUGCAUGUUCAUUGAAAAAGAAAACAAAACAGAAGCCUUGCAAGCCUUUUGGAUUGGGCAUCCAGAGCCACUAUGCCUUUCUGAAAAAAACUUGUGCUCAGUCACCCAUGAGGCACCACGGCAGAACCUCCGUCCGUUACAAUGGAGCUUGGGUGAGGAGGUGCCUGAUAGAUUUCAUCCCUGGCUCACAACAGUUACUUUAAUAGUCGCAAACCUUGAGGCACCAAACCUCUUUCCACAAGCAUCUUUGUUAGCCUUUUGAUUUUAGAAAUGGGCACUCUUAAAAAGGGAAGCAGUUUUUAAUUGCAACUUAAACAGUUCAAAGCAUGUAUUAAAUUACUUGUUUUAGUUAUUUAUUGUCAGUUGAGUAGAGUACCCUCCUUCACCGCAAGCAAGGUCAUCCUAGUUUCAGAACUCAGUUUGAAGUGGUACAAGAUUCUUUUUUUUUUUAAUGCCUAAAAUCCAGGUGUGAACUGUUAAACAACCGAGACGGGAACAUCUCCUAUACAAGCCCUACUUAAAGAAGUGGAAGUUGCACAAGAGCAUCCCGUUUUCACCCACAACUCCCUUUUCUUUCAGUGAGGUUUGCUCAGAAGAUGACCUCUCAGUUGCCUGAAUUGUUCUCUUUAGUUAGUUUGCUGUUUGUUGUGUUGUUGCAAAGUAGUUCUGAGAGCAUGGUCUCAGAAUCUGAUCCUAGUUCCGUUUUGUGCCACCUAACAUGAACCCGUCUUCUUCUUCUUCUGUAAACGUUUGGGAGGGAGCAUUCAUGCUGCCAUAAACAUGCUUAAAAAUAACUACUUAACUCCAGGCUAUGAAUUGAAAACUGAGCUUUUUAUAAAAAAAAAAAAGACUUACUGGUUUUUGUUCUCAUCUCUCAAGUUGCACUCAUUUUUUAAAAUGACCUUAAGCACUUUAGCUCCUUUCCAUUCCUUUCUGAUAUUUUUGAUGCUGCUCUGUUUUGGCAAAUUUUGUUGUUUGCAAUAUUUUAAAAAAGCGCAUAAAUAUAUGAUUGAGAGAUAAUUUUACAAAAUCUUUACAGAAUAAAAAGACUACCUCUGCCACUCACUUUUA